GAAAAGAUAAAGCAGUUGUAACCAUGGUUACGGCAUUUUUUAAGAAUUAACCUAUGUAAUUGCGUGGCAUCAUUCAAACUUAUACACACAGUGUCGCGAGUAGUUUGUGGUUUUGAUUGGUAAUUUCUGACUUUUUUGGCUGAUUUUUGUCUCAAAAAUGAAUUACUUUCGGAAGUCUGCUAGACCAUUUUCGGAUGGUCCGCCGCUCAUUUGUCAUGGGGUGAGGAUUUUCCCCAUUCUCGGAGAUCCAGCUGAGAAAGAUGGCAAAUUGAUGGGUCCUCCUGUCCUAAAUGUGGAGCCCGAACAAAAGUUGCCAUCUCUUACGACGGCCAACAGAGAGCGCAGUGUCCCAAAGGCUCAAUUUGACCGUAUGGGCAUGCGUGCGCCUCCUACCGGGCCUUCAGUAACCGGUCUGGAUGCCUCCAAAGUGUCUCUUCCACUCUUGGAUUGCUUCCCACCAUCCCACAAUAUAAGAAGAAAGCCUGAGAAAAAGUUGACAUCACACACGAGGGUCAUCAGAGGGGAAAAGAUUGAAUAUGUACCUAUUCUUACCCGUGUGCCCCCUGCUGGAUCUUCACUUACCGGUGCCUCUAAAGUGUCUCUUCCACACUUGGAUUGCUUUCCACCACCCAAAAAUAUAACAAGAAAGCCUGAGCAAAAGUUGACAUCACACACGAGGGUCACCAGAGGGGAAAAGAUUCAAUUUGAACCUUUUCUUACCCGUGUGCCCCCUGCUGGAUCUUCACUUAUAGGUGCCUCUAAAGUGUCUCUUCCACUUCUGGGAAGGUUCCCGCCCUCCAGACCUUUGCAACCUCGUCCACCCAUGUCAAUGAAGAGGACUUUCAGUACUGAACAUUCAGGCAAACACCUCGAUCUCCUGGAAAAGAACAGCACUGGACUCCCCAGACUGAACCCAAGAUGGAGGAUCUGAAUUUACAUUUAAAAUUACUUUGUGCAUUACAAAAAAUAUUGUUAGGUGCAAAAGAAAAUAUGAUUGUGUGCAAAAAAUGUGUGUUAUGUACAAAACAGUAUUUUGUAAAUAGUUCUUUUUGUGUGUAAUAAAUAGUGUUAAGACCAA